CGCCCAGGCAGAUUGCUUUUUCCACAGGCACAGCAAAGGAGAGCUGCGCACGGUUGGUGUAGUUAGUGCCGUCUCCAGCCCGGCUUCCGAGACCCAUCCUAAGGAAAAGCGUCACAGAGACUGUUAUUUACGACAGACCCUCUCUUGCAAAAAACCAAAACCAACACCCACCGCCCUCUGUUUUUCCAGCAUGUCUGUUGAAUUGGAAGAAGCGGACCUACCCCUGACCGAGGCAGAAGAGGCGCCCCUGGCUCCCGAGAAGAAAGGCGCUGCCAAAAAAGCUAAAGGUGGCGGGUCGGUUCUCUCCCCAUCCAAGAAAAAGAAGAACAACAAGAAAAAGAACCAGCCGGGCAAGUAUAGCCAACUGGUGGUAGAGGCCAUCCGCAAACUGGGCGAGCGCAAUGGCUCUUCCCUGGCCAAAAUCUACAACGAAGCCAAGAAAGUGGCCUGGUUCGACCAGCAGAACGGGCGGACCUACCUCAAGUACUCCAUCAAGGCGCUGGUGCAAAAUGACACCUUGCUCCAGGUGAAGGGGACCGGCGCCAACGGCUCCUUCAAGCUCAACAGGAAGAAGCUCGAGGGGGGCAGCGAAGGGGGCGCCGGAGGCGGGAGCGCCUCUCACACCAAGUCCCACAAGAAAGCUGUCGCCGUGUCCACUUCUCGUAAGGUCGAGAAGAAGCCCGUCGCCAAGAGCAAAAAGCUGGAGAAAAAAUCCCACAAGAAAGGCACCAGCGGAGGCUCGGCGAAGAAAGACAAGGUGAAAGCGAAGAAAGCCGCCAAGAAAACCACCGCCUCCCCCAGCGCGAAGAAGGUGAAGAAAUCCGCAAAGCCCAAGGCGCUCAAGAGCAGGAAAUGAGGCGGCAGCAAGAGGGCAGGUUCCCUUCGCUUUCUGCCCCGGACUAUGGAGCCCCAAGACAUUUGGACGUUUGCUCUGAAGACAGAGCCACGUCACCCGCUUCUCUUGUUUCUGUGGCCCCGUUUCUGCAGCUUCUUUUUUUAACCGCAGGGUGGGCGUGGGGGAAGAGAGGUAAUAGCACUUUGUCCAUCACCACCGGUUCCUUGGAGGGGAGAGGGCUGUCUUCGACGCAGCCCUUUUUCUUUAAUCUUUCUAAAGGGGAUGAUUAUGCCCUUUGGGCUAGUGCGGUCUUCCCUUUUUUAUUUAAUGGUAUUUCAGUGCGCCCCCUCCCACAUCUGGGUGAGAUGUGGCCCCUCCCUGUCACCAGUUCUCAAUUACUGAGUGGGGUGUGUGCCAUUUUGGAUGGAUUCCGAAAGUUUGGACGGCCGUCCUGGCUGUCGCCUGAUGCAGCUGCAGCGCCAUGGCAACAGCCCAUUGGUUGCAAGAGCGCCUGGGUUCCUUCCCUUUGAAAAGAAAAGCACUUCUCUCGAGCUGCGGGGAGGGAGGGGGCGUGUGUGGGACCAAGUGACCAGCAGCAUGGUGGUGUUUGGUUUUUUUCUUUGGAGAGGGCUGCACAGUCAUUGCAGGGCGAGAUAUGUUUUUGGGAAGGGAUGUGUCGGUGGGUGUGCGCCUGUGGGCAAGUAUUGCAAGUCGCCCUCCUGGAAGAUCAUUGUACUGCCUUUUCGGGUCUUGCCUUUGAUUGCCUUCCACCCUCCUGUGUUCUUUUUCUUUCGGUUUUUUUCUUCAAUAAAUCGUUUAAAACGCUUUUUAAAAAA